AUAGAUGGCGAAUCUAUGGUCUUCAAUCGCCCACCCUCAUGCAUCAAAACUGUGUUGUUAUUUCUAAUUGCUGUCGUAGUCAAUGAUGAUGGGCCUACUUGUGGUGGAUUUACUCUAUAUCGCGCUUAUGCACCACUACUUCGAAUUUAGCAUUACCGUGCACUUUGCGAUAUUCCAUAUAUGCACGGUAAUAUAACUAUACCGCGUCUAUAUGAAGAACAUGAUGAGCUAGAUUGGCGUAACCUCUUUUCGCGUUUUACAAACUACAACGGGAAUAACGACUUGAGUGAUGAUUUCUUCCGUGAGGAAAUUGAUGUGGAUAUGAGCGAUUCUGAAAGUUUCGCAAGAAUUGAUGUACCCGAUUUCAAAGAUGGACGGCGGGGACGUUUUAUGCAUGAUUUUAAAAAGAAUCAAUCGGCAAUUAUUGAUACCACAGCAAAUCGCUGUUUCAUAAUGCCACUUGACCGUGACACCACAUUACCACCAAAGAGUUUUGUAGAUUUAAUGCAAAAGAUGGGCUCGGGAUACUACAACAUCGACACUGAUCGCGUACGUCGCAAUAUGCGUGUAGUUACCCCGCCAGUAACUGAUCUCUCAAUGAUCUCAGAGCGAAUUGCAAACGAAUGCUAUGAUAUGAGAGUUUACAUGAUGGAGAACUACGUUUCAGGAGUAUUUAAACGUGAAGCUAUUCCUGUGGCAGAAACUGACAGGUUCACUGAAUUCAUGGGCAAAGGUGUCGUUGAAUUUAAUUUGAUAAAUAUGAAUGAUAUAGAGGAAUUUGAACGCAAACAGCAGUAAAAUCAUUCAAAAUUUGUGUAGAAAUCUUAUACGUUAAUGCCGGUGCUUGCAAGCAUUUUUGUAGAAUGUAGUUUGUAUGAUUGUAAAACUUGAUGUUGAUAAAUGGACGGCUAUAUUUAAAUUUAAUAACCGAAAACAAAAUUUAUUUUUCAUAUAUAAUUAAUUACUCUUAUUGUAUAUUUUUAUUGCAAAUUAUUGUAUGGAGGAUAUAUGCUAAAUAUUUUAUAUAAAUAUAUUUGAUUUUUUUAUUAUUUCAAAAUUAUCAUUACUAAAACAUUGUAUUCCAUCGACUUGUAUUAAUUUUAUUAUUACUAAAAAUAUAUGAAAAUUAAUCAUGAUUUUUUAGAUAGAUUAAAAAUUGUAUUUUAUAUAUUAACAUCCGACUUUAUUAUAUUCACUUGCGUACAUUUCUUAAAUAAAAUUGAAAUAACAAUCAAAAAUGCAUCAAGUUAAGCGAUCAAGUAUGGUUAACAAAUUCAACAAAAACAAAAAGAAAAUUUAAUGACAAACAAUUUGAGCAUACAAACAAAGCAAAAGUAUUGUAUUUUAAAAAACCCGAAAUAUCAAUUAUUGUGCAUAAGAAACAAUUGCGUACCUAAAAGAAAAUUAAUUGUGACAAAUAUUAAAAUCGUGUAUGUAAAUCUCAACAUGCAUCUGUAUGUAAUAAACUCGCAGUUCGGCAGAAGUAACAUCUGUUGGUAUCAGGUGGUGGUAUGUUCAGAAAAUUAGUAGAGUCUUCAAUAAUAUGACUACAUCAUAAAAAUCAAUACUAAACUUCAUUGUCGCACUGGUUAUACAUUAUAAUUAUUUCCUAUUACAACUUUACAAAAGAUUUUAAGUAGUAACAUACUUUAUAUAUUCCAAUGUACUAUAAUAAUUAUUAAAUAAAAUAUA